CAGCGCAUAAGGCUACUCACACACCAUGGCUUCGCUCCUACGGAGGCCGUUCGCCAUCACGGCGACAUUGCGACAAGCAACACACAAUUCUCCGCAAUCCCUCUCGAUCCGCGCUUUCCACAAUACGCCUCUCAAGCAACAUCCCCACUUCUUCCGUCGUGCGAAGCCGACGGUAUCGACAUCGCAAAAUGUAUCCAGGUUCCAGCAAGCUUUCCGGAGGGGCUACCAGCAGACUGCGUACAAUCCCGUGGCACAGGGCGACUUGCGCCAGCGUCUGCUCUACGGCGCUGGCAUCUUUGGCGCAACCCUUCUAGGCAUCAACAUGAUCUUCAACCGCGAGACACGUGAGGAUGGCGGCAUGCCGCCCUUUGAGCGCGAGUACCUCAACGACACGUUUAUGCACACUGGCCUUGGUAUUGGAAUGAUUGGUAUUGCUGCGCGCGCCCUGCACAUGAACGGCUGGAGCUUCAGGCUCAUGAGCGCGAACCCAUGGCUUGUACUUGGUGUUGGACUCGUCGGUAGCAUUGGAACCAUGUAUGGCACUAUGGCAACGAACCCCAACAACUACGUUCAAAAGUACGCAUUCUGGACUGCCUUUAACGGUACUCAGGCUCUUCUGCUGUCGCCACUCUUCUUCAUGCACCCCGCUAUCCUCGCACGCGCCGGACUGUACACGGUUGGAAUGAUGGGUUCCCUUGCUUUCGUUGGCGCCACGGCAAAGACUGACAAGUACAUGUACCUUGGCGGACCGCUACUUGCUGGUGUCGCCAUUGUCGCGCUCUCUGGUCUUGCUCCCAUGGUCGUCCCAGCGACCGCUGCUCGCACUCUGAUGGUUACCGAGAAUCUCUGGCUGUACGGUGGCCUCGCCGUCUUUGGUGGCUUCACUCUGUACGACGUCCAAAAGGUGCUGCACCAUGCGCGCAUGGCCGAGCGUGGCUUGAUUCCCAAGGAUCCCGUCAACGAGUCCAUCUCGCUUGAACUGGACUUCAUCAACAUCUUCAUCCGAAUGGUGCAGAUUCUUGGCAUGCAGCAAAACAGGAGGAAGUGAAGGAUUCGGGUGAGACGAUAUGUAUAUACGGGAAUAACGGUUAUGGAUAACCUGCUUAGUUAUUCUCCUUGACGCAAGUUGUGUCAUUGGUAUUUCGACAUUAGCUGUACACUACUCCUCUCUUUCUUGAACCUCCUCUAUUACCGUGCAAAUGGAAUUAGCAACAAAAUUGAAAUACGCUUCAUGAAAC